AUGGCCUUCCAAUCGCCCCUCAUCGCUAUCCCCCGCAAGACCACCCAGGACGUAGACUGGUCAAAUCCCAUACGAUCCAUCAUCGCUCAUAGCUAUGGUGAAGAUCCUAAGAACUAUGCAGAGGAAUGUUCGGUAUUGCAGAGAUGUAGGCAGGAUGCAGUCAGAGGUGCAGGGAGUGAUCAAACUGCACGCGAUUUGCUGUACAAGUACUUUGGUCAGCUGGAAUUGCUCGAACUGAGAUUCGCAGAGAUCAAGGUACCCUUUGUCUGGAACGACGCAUUUACCGACAAACCUACUACCCAAACAUCCCUCGCUUUUGAGAAAGCUUCUAUCAUCCAUCUCAUCUCCUCCAUCCUAUCCUCACUCGCUCAAACACCUUCACGAUCCGAUCCCGAAGGACUCAAAAGGGCAUACUACAACACGCGUGCAGCAGCGGGAAUGUUAACGUAUAUCAACGAGAAUUUCUUGCAUGCGCCUUCGACCGAUCUAUCACGGGAAGUGGUUCAACUCUGUAUAGGAAUCAUGUCUGCUCAAGCUACCGAGAUAUUUACUGAGAAAUUGAUCGAGGAGAAGAAAUCGCCUGCUUUGGUCAGUCGAUCAGCCAAUUCCACCGCGGCACUGUACAACACAGCUGUAGAGGAGAUGAAGGAAUUUCAAGGGAAAGGGAUAUUCGACCGUAAUUGGUUAUACGUCUUACAGAUAAAGUCCAAAUUGUUCAGCUCUUUAGCACAGUAUUAUAAAGGUGUAGCCGACAAUUCUAGUGGAAAACAUGGUAUAGCUUUGGUAAGGUUUAGAGUGGCCGACAGUCUCGCGCAGGAAGCUUCCAAACAGGCCAAUUCGUUCAAUUACACAUUCAUAUCUUCCAGUACACCUACAUUACCUCAUGAUGCCGCAAGCAGUCUAGUGGAAAUUACAAAAUCCCAUUUAACGAUUUGUACGGAAAUCAAAGAUCAAUCUACGAAAGAUAACGAUUUGAUCUAUCAUGAAGUUUUACCUUCAGAAGCGGCCCUACCGACCAUCGAAAAAUUACCUUCAUCGUCUACUCCGAUCACCAUUCAGGAGAUAUAUGGGAAUGCUGAGAUAACCAAGUUGAUCGGACCGGAUAUAUUCAUCAAACUUGUUCCUCUCGCUGUACACGAAUCGGCAAGUAUCUAUUCGGAGGAAAAAGCGAAAUUGGUCAGAGGCGAGGUGGAAAGGGUUGAAACUUCAGAAGGUGAAUUGAGAGCUGGAUUGGAACAUCUAGGAUUACCUGGUUUAGUCAAUCAAUGGAAGAACUUGAUGGACGAUGAUAACGAUCAGAAUUAUGAUGAUGUAGAAAUCAGUCUUCAGGUUAAGAGGUUGGCUGAAGAUAUAAGUCGAGGUGGAUCAGUAGAGAAUUCUUUAAGACAGUUGGAUGGGGAGAGAGAACGAUGUGAGAGGGAACUGAGGGAGUUGAGUGGUUUGCUGGAUAAUGAGAGCAGAGAAUGUGAAAGGAUGAGGGCAAAAUAUACUCCUCAAUUCACUCAACCACCCUCUGGACCGCAAACUUCCAACUGGCGAUCGAAUAUCGCCUCGAACCUCUCUGCUCUAUCAUCAGCCGGCCAAUCUGAUUCUCAUCUUCAUACCAUAUGGAGGGAUAUUCAACCUCAAAUCACACUAUUGUCAUCCGGCGAAAAUGGCUUGGAACGAGCUGCAGCUCAUAUCGCUGUUGGGAAGACAUCCACUCCAGUCAGCCAAGGAAUCAGUCUUCUUGAUUUACAGGAAGACGUUGGAAGUAAGAAAGGGUUAGAUGACAAAGAGAAGGAAGAGCUCAAAAAAGCAGUUGCAGAUGCUGGGGAAAGAUUAGAUAGGUUGAAUAAGAUCAGAAGGGAGAGAGAUGAGGUUCUCAAGGAUCUGAAGGAAAAGAUCCAGAACGAUGAUGUAUCUAAUUUACUUUUACUCAACCGACGGUCAAGUGGAGUCGAGCCUCAGCUUUUCGCUGCUGAGCUCGAGAAAUUCCGACCUUAUCAGUCGAGACUUGCUGCUGCCAUUCAGGCUUCUGCUUCGAUCCUACAAGAACUCGAGAUGUUGGUGCGACAAGUUGAGAAAGGGAAGGGAGUGAAAGAUCUCCAAAGAUCUCAGAAAGAUCGCACGAAGAGAAUCAGGGAGUGGGAGAGAAAAUUGAUCGAAGCCGGGGAAGGUUGGGCUGAGAUCCAAGCCGGUUUAGGCAAAGGUCUCACCUAUUAUGAUUCUCUCACACGAGUCUUGGAUGAUCUGAAGAGGGAAGUAAACGGAUUCGUCAAAAGCAGAGAGAAUGAGAGGAAUAGAUUAGUGGGCGAGAUUGAAACUAGACAAAGAAUUGGUGGAUCAUCUGGAUCUCCCCCGCCUGCUACAACAUCGAGCGGAACAAGAAGCUUGGAAGAGAGACUAGCAGCUUUGUCUGUCGAUAGAUCCAUUCCAAAAUAUUCUCCUCAACUGCCUAAACCUGUUACAUCGCCGACACCUUCGUUCCCCCCUCCACCCCCUCAAGUAUCUACACCAAGCUUCCCACCACCCCCACCACCUGCUAAACCUACAAACCCAUACGAUUUCAGCGGACUGUCCAAUGUUCCUUCUGCUUUCUCGACCUCUUCUCCUACUUCCAGUCAAUCACCACCUCAUCAGACUCAAACUUACGGUUCAUCUUCAUACGGCUAUGAUCGACCAGUGCAAUCACAGCCUGCCCCUUAUCCGCCUCCAGCUCAAUCGCCUUACCCUCCCCCAUCUAGUCAACCUCCUAGACCUGCCCCGCAAAGUUAUAGCUCCUAUGGCUCGUCGUCGCAAACAAGCUAUGCCGGGGGGCAGAAUCAGAGUUACGCUGCACCACCUUCUCAAGCGCAGUAUACUUCACCUGCACCUCCACCUCCUCAAGCAUCCUACACUUCGCACCCACCUCCUCCACCAUCUUCAUACUCGUCGUAUCCCUCUGGUCCGCCUCCACAACAACCUCAACAAGGCUAUUAUCCACCUCCUCCGCAAAGACCAUCGUAUAAUCCCCCACCUCCUCAGCAGCAGCAGCAGUAUCCCAACUAUCCGCCUCCUACAGGUCAAUAUCAGUCCCAACCUCCGCCUCAACAAGGUAGUCAGUACGGAUAUCCAUCCCAGGGAGGGUAUCAACCACAGGGAGGGUAUCAGUAUCAUUAG